AUGGCGUGGCCAAACCACGCAACAAACAGUCAACAGUUUAACACCCAUGGCAGCAUCAAUGGCAAUAGCGCUGGCAAUAACGCUGGCAGCAGCACCAGAAAAACCAAUAGCAAUGGCGCCUUUCAUAGUAGGCAGACCAGCGGAAGCCGUAUCACCAACGACAUAACUCUGGCCACGGAGCUCACAGGGUCCGCCGUCAUAGCCAGCCCGCCUUCCAGCCAACUGUCUAUCGACAACAGUACCGGACGGCCGGCUUUCAAAAACCCGUUGGGCGCUUGGAAGUCGCCGUCACCGCCGGCGAAACGUCAGAAGACGACGGGGCACCCUAGGUCAGCAGCGGCAGCAACAACACCUAUAUCGGCCUCGAUAGGAGUUGGAGGCGACCUCCAGCCCCCGUCUUCACAACCAUAUUCCCAGUCGUCCCCUCUAUCGUUCCCGCAAAAGUCGCCACAGCCACUGUUGCACAAACCAAAGAGCCCAGGCACGUUUUCGCACGGCCAGCCGACACCGGGCGCGACGUCAACACCGGCACGUGCCCCGGCGCAAACGCCAAUACGGCCGCCAGUGCGGCCCGUGGACUCGGCGAGCACUGCGGCCAAACGACGCACCUCUGCCCCCGUCAAAGUGCGGGAAGCUACGGAAGACAACCGGAUUGUUCUCAUCAUUGAUAGCGACGACGAUGGCGAUGAAAAUGACAACGAUCGUGUCGGCGCCAGAAACAAAGGCCCGACUCCUGUCCCGGUUCCGGCCGUUCCUACCGUUCAGACGAGUGCCCUUCCAAAACACCCUUCAAUCCCUCCCGUCACGCCCAUACCUCUUCCCCUUUACGGCCGCCUGUCAGGCUCGUCAAGUGCAACCAAAACGGCAGGUGCGAGGCCAAGCGUCCCGCCGAGAGUUACGCCCAUCGCGCCUCCCCAGUUCAUGAUGCACACUGCGAACGCAACUACCUCGCGGCCAGUAAAAAGCCCAUUUGAACCCACCCUUGUCAAACGGCGUCCAUCGGACGAGAGUAUCAACAACAACAUCAACGGCAAACGUCACAACACCCCCGAGGCACGGCCAACCGCAAGCCAGGGGGCCUCUUUUUCCCCCGCAACGCCUAUACCAGUGACGCCCGUGAAGCCUGCCACGACGACUGGCCCAACAACGUACGGGGCGCCAGCACCGGCCCCGCCGCCGUCUGCCAUUGCAGCCUACGUCCCGUCGGACAUUACCAGCCCUGUCAUCCACCGCCAUGAGCCACGUUCGACGAGGAAGCCCAUCGAGGAGCACCUUGAGCCGGCCGUCAACGUCGACAUAACACCGGUAAAGUCGACUACGCCUACGCUAUUGUCUCGGAAGCAGUCGAAAGGCCAACGCAAAGGCCAGCAACCAAAGACGCACCAGCACUUUGUUCGCUACGCAUACCUGACUCACCGCCCCUACCUGCGCUCGUCCCACCGCCGCUUCGUGGCACAAAACUACCACGAACUACCGAACCUGUUUGGUUUACCUCGGACUACCCAGCAGAGAGGACAAUCCACCGCCGCCGCCGCUGCCGAUCCUUCUUCUUUUCAGUCACCUUCUCCAUCCGUUGUCAUUCACGUUGAUUUCUUGCCAGAUGAAAUCCACCAUCUACUUGACGUCGUCCGCUUCGUCCACUCUAACGCCGGCGUGGGCGUGGGCGUGGGCGUGGGCGUGGGCGUGGGCAGGUCGUCAAAACAAUCUGCUGGCCAGAAACACUCGUCUGCGGAGCGAGAGCUGAAGAGUUUGUUGCGCCGCCAGCCACCCGAGUUUGAGCUGCUCGUUGUAAACAGCACCACGCCUGCUCGCCUUCCAGGACGUAGUCAAAAGGACAUCUUUAGCUUUCUGAUCGAUGCCCGCGCUGGCAGCAUCAACUAUAACGACGGUAGCGGUGGAAGUGUUAGUAGCAACAGUAGCUACAGCAGUAACAAGAGCCGAAGCAAUCUCUCUAACGCAGAAGCACUGGCUCCGGCUCUGGGCGGACCGUCCGUAUUGGUCAUGAAACGCAGCGACCGUGCUGCCUCCUCACUACAGGAAGCACGGGCGGAGCGUGCCACAAAGCUCAAUACAUUCAUCAUGAUGCGUGAAGUGGCCGGCCAGCGGCCCGUCCAAGGCCGCUCGCGCCAGCUGCUCAACUUUACCAACGCGGUCCGCACCGUCCGCGAGGACGGCUUACGCCUGCGAAACGAGUGGACCAACCUCGCCGGCGAUGUCUCGACUGUCUCGUGGACCUCAAAAGACGCCUUCAUCUGCGGCACCACCACCCACAUGGACGAACGAAACCACCAAUACAACCGCCAGGGCAACCUUGCUCUGGGCUCGGUCAGCGCUGGUACCCUCCGUGGCUACCCGGACCACCGCAUCGUCCGAACCCGUGUCAUAACAAAUUUAACGAACCCUACGAACCCGACACAACAACUACAGUCCGGCGCCGACGAUCCGUGGCUGUACACCUCCGUCGUCUCGUCCGACUAUGAUGCCACCCAUGAUUUGGCCUUCACAUCCGGCUUCGACAACAACGUUGUCGUGUGGAAGGUGAGCAAGGACGGUACCUCCAUGGCCCGCCAGGGCAUCUGGCGGCACGAAGGCAAGGUCAACUUCGUCGUUGCCUCCAGCGGUAUACACUGUCUUGUGGCCACCGCCGCCGACGUCCCCGUCCAAGCCGUGCGCGUCUACCGCCUGCCUAGCGUGCAGGAGCGCAUACAAGGCAACCGCCAAAUCUCCUAUAAGAUGCUCUCGUGCUCGCGCAUCGUUGACCUCGAGGGCCGCCCCGUCCUCACCGACAAGUGGGCCUACUUCCCUGCCGCGAUCCGCUGGGGUCUGUCCGAGACCACACGCCACCUGCUGCUGGUCGGCUACUCCCCCCGCGGCCUCGACAUCAACGCCGAGGACGAUGACAUUCCUGAAGAUCGCCGAAAUUCUGGCGAGCUUUGUCUGUGGGACGGCCUAACAGGCGAGCCCUGGCGCAUCCUCGGCGCCAGCUCCCAAAACGUCUUUGAGGUCGCCUGGCACCCCACCCAGGCCUGCUUCGUCGCCGCCACCGCGCCCACCGUGCACCAGGCCCUCGAGCAAAACGCCCGCACCCAGAUCCGCGUUUUCCGGCUGUCUGUCAACAGUGAGUAUGGCGGGCGCGCCUACAGCGAGGUCCAGACGCUCGACUGCUACGCCGACGACAUCAACGAGCUGGCCCUACGGCCCAACAGUUUUGGUUUCCUGUAUGUCGCCGCCGGCUGCACCAACGGCCACACCUAUGUCUGGGACACGUCGCAGGGCGACUACCCCAUCUACGACCUAGGCCACAACGCGUGCAUCGAAGAGCAGGCGGGCGAAAAGAUCUCCGUCGAGGACACCGGCGUCAAGUUUGUUGCCUGGGGCGAGACCCCAGACCGGCUGUACACGGGCUCGUCGGACGGGGCAGUCAAAGUGUGGAACAUUCGCACACAUGGCGGCUCACGACUGUCGCCGUUUGUGCGCAACCUCUUGCAGUGCCCGGCACCCGUCUCGUUUGGCGCCUUCUCGCCCGACAAGUCCAAGCUCGCUAUUGGCGACGCCAGUGGCCGCGUCUCCCUCCUGUCCGUCGAAGACGGUAUGGAGGAGGACGACGAGGACGGUAGUUUCUUGAGUGACGAAGAAGAACAAGAAGACGAUGUUGCUGGGACAGAGAAGACGCCCCAAGGUACCCGUGUCAAUGGCAACCUCCAGCGCAGCCAUCCUGCCCAUCUAGCGUUCAAGCACCACCCGCCUGAAGUCAUACGCCAUGCGACUCCUCCGCCACCAUCAUCGCCUCCGCCGACCGCAGGGCAAAACCCCCUACAGCAGACUCCACCAUCCGCCGCCACUAUCACUUCCACUACCAGUGCUGCCAAUGGCGAUGUGGACGACGAAAACGUUGCCAUUGCGACAGCCCGGGCUUUCCUGUCCUCGGGGCAACUUGUCAUCGUGCCCGACCCCACCGUUGGCGCCGUCAAGGGCCCGAACUACGCCGACACCAAUCUGUUUUGUACCGAGUGCCACCGGGACAAACGGCCCGAGCUGCCCUUGCUGGCCGAGUACGAGCGUGUCCAGCAGGAAAACCAGCCACGCGCCAACACGUCCCCCUCCCGGCAGCGAGCCUUGCGCAGUGUCUAUCCGGACGUGGCGCCGGCCACCAUAUUCGGUUCCUCUGCCUCCGGUGUGUCCGUCCUCGGCGCCCCGGACCCAUUGCAGGCCCUGCAGCGACAAAAUACCAUCCGUCGCGUCCAGGUGCUGCACGCCAGAAAUACAGCGUGCGACCUUGAUGUCAACAGCCUGCCCGUCGAGACCCGCGAGGCCCUUGAGCUGGCGGACCGCGCCGCGCUGCUUCACAUUGAUGACAACGACUACGACUACGGCUUUGACUAUGAAGAGGUGCCGGACACUGUUUGA